AUGGAUGGGUUUGUUGGAGGUGCACUCAAACUGAAAGGAACAACUUCUGGAUCAAAAAUUAGUAAGAAGAACAAGAAAUCCAAAAAGACUUCACAUACAACUCCUGGAUCCAAUGAUACCUCCACAACACAUACUACAACCGAGUCAAAAGAAAAGUCUGUCGAUUCUGGAAUGACGGAAGCUGAGCGUAAAUUCAGAGAAGUCCAGCGCAAACGAUUGGAUGCAAAGGCUGAAAAAAUUGCUUCUAAAUCACACAAAGAACGAGUAGCUGAUCUCAAUGCAUAUCUGGAAUCCUUGUCAGAACAUCAUGAUAUCCCUCGUGUUGGACCAGGCUAA